UUUCUUUUAACAAUUGUUUAUCCUUCCUAUAUCCAAGAUUAUUCACUUCCAAAAAAAAGAUUAAUUGCAUAUACAAUGUCCAUGUUUAUCUCAAAAUUUCUUUUGUUAUGUGCAUUGAUGUUACUAUCGCUGCAUAAUGUAGUUGGAUUGCGUGUAGUAAUGACUAACAAGUUGACCGACGGUUUGAAGUUUACUGUAUUGCGUGUGGUAAUGACUAACAAGUUGACCGAUGGUUUGAAGUUAACUGUUCAUUGCAAAUCUAAAGACGAUGAUCUUGGAGUUCAUGUUCUUUCUCCUGAUGAAAAUUAUGGAUUUAAAUUUAGACAUAACUGGUUUGCUGAAACACUAUUCCAUUGUUCUUUUCAAUGGAAUGAUGUGAUACAUUGGUUUGAUAUAUACCAGGAAGUAAGAGAUUAUCCUCUUUGUAAGGCUUGCUAUUGGAAAAUAAUGCAAAUAGGACCGUGCAUGAUAGAUCCAAAGGGUGAUAUUUGCUAUCCGUGGAAUAAAUAAACUAAUAGUAUGUCAUAUAUAUAUAUAUAUUAAUAAAGUUGUAUUUGGGGGUAAUGAGAAUCCAAUGUAUUAUAGAUCUUCCAUCUUCUUA